AUGGAGUUUGAAACUCUAAGCCACUUCAAGAAGGCUGUCCAAAAGUUUAAUAUCAAUAUUGGAAGGAGCAUAUUCUUUGCUCGUUGUGAUUCUACAAGAUCAAAGGCUAUAUGCUAUGAUGAGGACUGUCCUUGGCAAAUAUACUGUUCCAAGAGAAUAUUUCCAGCAAGUUAUCAGGUAAAAACAUUCGUAAAUAAACAUACCGGCAGCAGGGACAAUCACUAUAAGUCAGCAGAUGAAAAAUGGGUCAUAGAUGAGUUAGAGGAGAGGAUACGAGUGCAGCCAAACUUGACAGUGAGGGAGGCUGACCAAUACUUCAGAUUCGAGUAUGAUGUACUAAUCAAUGAACGGAAAAUUUAUAGAUCUAUGAAGAAAGCAAAGGAGAGGAUUGAGGGUUCUGAGAUUGCACAGUAUGCACGACUUCGUGAUUAUGCUAACGAGAUACUGAAGAGUAAUCCAGGGUCGACAGUAAGGAUCCACAUGAAUCCCAUACCUGAUUCGAAUCCUAUUUUUCUGAGGAUCUAUGUUUGCUUUGAUGCGUGCAAGAAGGGGUUUGUGGGUGGAUGUAGACCUUUUAUAGGGUUGGAUGGGACAUUCAUAAGAGGAUAUUAUGGGGGGCAGUUACUGACAGCAAUAGGACAGGACGUAAAUAAUCAUAUCUAUCCUAUUGCCUAUGCAAUUGUGGAAUCAGAGAACAAAGAAAGUUGGAAGUGGUUUUUGGAGAUACUCCAGGAGGAUGUGGGAGAUUUUCAAGCUAAUGGGUUUAACUUCAUAUCAGAUAUAUAG